AUGUCGUUUGGCGGCGGCGGAUUUUCUUUCGGCUCUAAUGCCAACACCCAGAACACCGGUUUUGGUGGGUUCGGCAACAAUACAAACAGUGGCUUCGGCACAAGCACAAGCAACGCCGGCUUCGGUGCCAGCACCGCUGCCUCGAAUCCCUUCGGUGGUGGUAGUGGCGGUAGUACUUUUGGAUCCCCAGCGGGAGGUGCGUGA